GAAAUUUUUUGAUAUUUUUAAAUUCCCGCCAGACUCCCAUCUAAAUUUCGCUUCUCCUUUAGCCAUUUGCUUCCAUUGUCACGGACCUGAGAAAGAAGGGGAAGAGAGAUUGAAGCAAACAAAGAGAUAAUCGCAGCAACUUUGUACCAAUUAGACCAGGUAAUUCUUCUCCAAUAAAGAAAUUGCAAUUUCUAAGGUUUCAUUGUUCGAUUUCUGUAAAAAGGUUUUUGAUUUCUCAAUUCAAUUGCUGAAAUUUGGUUCAGUUACCUCGAUUUUAAGUUUAGGGUUUACCGAUUCUGGCCCAUUUGAUACGAAAGAUGUAAGCUUUUCCCAAUAUUGAAUCCCCUUGGCUAUAUAGGGGUUUAAUCGCACAAUUUGAUUUAGAAGAAAUUGUUGCAAUCCCCAAUUUACGUUUUUCAUUUGGGUCUGAUAUUUGUAGGUAUGGAAAAUGUGGUUGCAACUGUGAGUGGUUAUCAUGGAUCCGAUAGGUUUAAGCUCAUCAAGCUUAUUUCUCAUUCUGGAGCAAGUUAUGUUGGGGCAAUGUCAAGAUCUAUUACACAUUUGGUUUGUGUAGAUUGUUCUGUUCUGUUUAUGUGAUUCAUUACCACUGUGGAGAAAUGAAGACAUACCCUUUUGUUUAAUUGGUUAUGUGUGUAGGUGUGUUGGAAAUUUGAGGGCAAAAAGUACGAUCUUGCAAAGAAGUUUGGUACAGUAGUAGUGAAUCAUCGAUGGGUGGAAGAAUGUGUAAAGGAAGGGAGAAGAGUUUCCGAGACGCCUUAUAUGUUUGAUAGUGGAGAAGAGGUUGGACCUUUGAUGAUUGAACUACCUGCAGUUUCUGAGGAAGCUAAAGUCACUAAGAAAGUGAAUAAGGCUUCUGAAACUUUUGAUAAAUACUUUAGUAAUGGUGGAGAAAACCGGAGUGGCUCCACUUCUGAGCUUGCCACUUGGAUGGAGAAAAAUGUAGAAGCAAACAGACACUCAGUGCGAUUAAGAACAAAGAGGCCGAGUAGUAUUCUUGAAAACAAGGAAAACAGUGGUGUGGCAGAAUCUUCACGGAAAGGAAAAAAGCGGGUAGUAAAGCAACGCUCUUACAGAAACCUUAUCGACCUUGAAUCUGAUGAGGAAUCUGAUAAUAACCAUCAUGACAACUCUGAUGAGAACCAAAAUGAGACUCAGGAUCAUAGAGAGCCUGCUGAUGAAAAUGUGAGGGGUUUUGUUUUCGAACAAGGAGAAACAUCAGCUCUUCGACAUCCUGGAGACUUGGCAACACCAAACUGGGAUGUAGAUGAAAUAGAGGAGUCUGAGAAUUGGAGUCAUUCAGCUGUUUUUAAACGCCCUAGAUCAUUUAGUCCAGAGAUAAAACCACAAGAUGAUGAUGAGUCAACAAGAGAAGAGACAGAAGCAACUGAGAAGGCUCCUGCACAAGUUUCUUGUAUCAUAUGCUGGACCGAGUUCAGUUCCAGUAGAGGCAUUCUCCCUUGCGGCCACAGGUUUUGUUAUUCAUGCAUCCAAAAAUGGGCAGACCGUUUGGUUUCAGAAAGAAAGAAAACAACAUGUCCACUGUGCAAGUCCAAUUUCAUCACAAUCACAAAGAUAGAAGACGCUGAUUCUUCCGAUCAAAAGAUAUACUCACAAACAGUCCCUGACUUAUCUUCAACAAAUAACAUUCUUGUAGUACUCCCUGAAGAAGAAGAACAAAGACAAACUCUCAAUCCACUGGUAAGCCGAGAGUAUUGAGCUACUACGCGAUCUUGUUCUUGAUAGCAACAACAUUCUAUUGUGUUUUGUUUUUUUCUCCUGCAGACUCGAGCUUCAGGUUGCAGCAGAUGCUACUUGACUGAGCCAGAGGAGCUUCUGAUAAGAUGUCACCUCUGCAAUUUCCGGCGAAUCCACUCCUAUUGUUUAGACCCUUAUCUGCUUCCUUGGACCUGUAACCAUUGCAAUGAUCUUCAGAUGAUGUACCACCGUCGCAACUACUAAAUAUAUACGUAUGACAAUAAUGUUUUGAUAUUUGAAAUGAUGGACAAAAUAUCCUCCCAUUGUUUAUGGAGAAAAAUUUAUUUAUAAUUGAUUUAAAUGAAGUUCUUGGUUAAA